AUGUAAUGGGAAUUUGAUAGUUUUCUUCCUAAUAUUGAAGCAAUUGAAAAGAGUAUCAUUGAUGAAAAGCAAAUGAUUAAGGCUGCUAUUGUUAUUUCAUUUUAAUUGCUUAGCAAGCUAAUGAUAUUCAUUGCUUUCCCAACUGCUGACUAAUUAUUCUUAACUAAGACAAUUGUUAUAGCAGCAAUGGCGGCAAAUCCAAAAACUAGAUUGAUUAUCUCAUAAAAAUCAAUUCUCUCCCUUAAGGCUAUUCGAGCAAGGACCAUGUAGAUAAUUGGCUAGGAAUAGAAAAUAAUGGAUAUAGAACCAAUAUUUAAGUACUGUAGAGAGAACCAAUAAGUAAAUGUAGCUAGAAAUAUAACAAAUCCCAGUAUGAUUGAAAUAAACUUAUCAGCAAAUGUAAUUUCAUUCAUUUUGACCUUCUCUGAUUUCAUUUUGACAAUAUUCAAAAUUAAUAAGCACACAGCUUUACCUAGCAAAAAAGCAGAAUACCCUCAAAUGUUUAAAAAAGAAUUCUCGCCAAGCAUUCUUCAAUCUGUAUUUAAAUUUUCUCCUAAAAGACUAAAAGUCUCAUAUUUCCCCAGAAAACUAAAAUUCAAGCUCCUUUUGCUCAAUUUCAAUCUCUUGCUCUUCUACUUUCGUCUCAUUUUGGCCGCACUAAUCAAAAUCUGUUGA